GCUUUGCGAAUCAUACCCCCCCUUUCUAUACAUCUAUGUAAUGGUAUUUAGCAGCGCUGUGCCACGCGCGCGGCGGCCUGAUGAAAACUACACCUUGAUGACCUCUUGGUUUCACUUCGAAUAUAUAUGUAUCGGCCGAUAUGCCGUUUUAUUCUCUUCAAAAUGCUGUUCAAUAAUACCUUACGUUGGAAGCCUGAGGCCACAACGACUGGAAGCUGUCGGUGGUUAGUCAGCAUCCUGAACCCUGACCGCCGAAAUUCCACGUCGCGUGUGAGACAUUGGAAAAGAAUGAGUCGAAGCAGGGGACUACGACUCACACCGUUGUAACAAUUGAUGCAUGCUCGUCUUACCACUUCGUCGCCUGUUUGCACGUCCAACG